AUGGCGACUGGAUGGAUGAAGUCAUUGAAUUGCAAGUCAAAAGCAUCAGACGACGUUGUUGAGAGCCACCACCUCCACCGCCACAACUCUAAAAUCCACAGCCACCACUACCACCGGUUAACGAGCUCCGCAAGCUGCAUAAACUCUGCCACUAAAGAUACAGUAAACAAAUCCAAAAAACCCGUUUCAAGAAAUCCCGAACCCGGUUCACAUAAACCCGCCAGCAGAACGCGCGCCACCAUUCCCACCCGCCCGUCGCAUGUUACGGAUACGUUUUUCCCUGCCCUUAGUGAACUUCCGGUGGGAUACCCUUCACGUAAUGUGGUGGAGAUAAUCUUUCAUACAAGCUGGAAGCCGAAGAAUUUCGCCGGUGAGAUUGAAACGAUUUUUAAAGUCCAGAAUUUGGCCCGCACUGUGACCCGGUUUGAAGAGUAUAGAGAGAAGGUGAAAUCCAAGGCGAGUUCUGGAAAUGGCGCCGCCGUGGACGGUGGCACUGAUGACCACGCGCGUUGCGUCGCUGAUGGGAAUGAAGUGAUGAGGUUCUACUGCCUGGGGCCUACCAACGGUGGCGCGUAUGAUUCAGGUGGUGGCGCUUGGUCAUUUCACUGCGGCAAAGGGGCGACUAUAUGUACAUUUUCCGGAAGUGGUGAGGCUCAUGAGAGUGUCGGUGGUGGCAGGGGACGGCGGGCCAUGUUAGUUUGCCGAGUUAUAGCUGGUCGGACUGUGAGGCAACUCGGUUUCGACUCGUUGAUGGAAGUGAGAGAUGGGUACGACUCGGUGAGUGGGGAGAAUGGCGAGUUACUGGUGUUUGAUACACGUGCCUUAUUGCCUUGUUUUCUUAUUAUCUACAAUUUGUAA